UCUAGAAAUACCACGCACUUCUAUAAUUUCUGUGCAAAAAACUUCAAUGUAUGUGAAUUCAACAUUUGCUGUGGUACACCACAAUUUAAUGUUAAUACUGUGAUUUCACAGUUAUUCGUAAAUAUGUUUAUUGGUAUGCCCUUGUCAUAGUAUAUACAUGUAGUAAUUUAUUAUAAAUAGGUAGUGCCUAUUAGUUUUCAGUUGUUCCGUUGGGAGUCGUGACGCAAGGCUUCGACAUCCAAAAGUAUUGUCCUUUUCCUAAAUCUAUUUGUUAAUUCAUUGAUUAUGAAAUUUGAAACAACUCUUAACUGUAAUUGAAUCUAGUUGCAAAUUCAGACCAUUUGAGCCAUGGAAGAAUUAACCUUAUAAAAAGGCACCCCUCCCUCCUCCCCGGGAAAAAAUCUGGAUAAGCGAUGGAAAUACAUGCUCCAGCGCCUGGACAUUCUCAAGAGAGGUCUAAUGAAAUGACAGAGGACGGAGACAGACGGCGGGUCGAUCGCCUUAAGUUCCCCCGAUACUCGGGCUGGCUUCACCUGAAAGAAAAUAUCUUAAUUCAUACGAGAUAUUGGUGUGUUCUGAGCCAUGGAUGUCUUCAUUAUUACAAAGACUGGAGACAAAACUUUUACACCAAAAAGAUCCCACUGAAAGGAUUAACCAUCGAUGACAGGAGUUGGUCACUCUACUCCCAGAAGUUUAGGGUGGGGGACUUGGAAUGGAGUACAUCAAACUCCUCUCAGGGAAAACAGUGGCUGUUUUACUUGAAAAACUCCGCCAUCGAUGGGACUGAAAACAUUGAGGCGGCUGUGGAUUCCUGUCGUAACUUGAUCGUAGAGACCCGCUUACGAUCAGACUACCCUCCUCUCAUCCUCAGGUUGCUGGGAGUUAUGACAAUCAGUAAAGACGCUACAACCAGCAAAAGCGAGCUAUUUGAGCUUUCUGAGUAUCUCAGUACCAAAAGGUUUGGCCAAGUUUUGCCCAAUCUCUACAAGUCGGUGUUUGAGGAACUUAAGAUAGAUUGCGUCACUGAUGACAUGCUGGAACAGUGUAGUCAGAGAGACGACAUUGACUAUGGAUGGAUGCUGCUGUACCUCAUUAGAAGGCUGUUAUGGAGAUUUGCCUUUGCCAGUAAACGCUUUGCUUUGCAGAUGACGGAGACCUGUUACAUAGAUUGUCUACUGUCAGAUCUCAACCAUCUCUCCAAGACACCCCUCUCAAACUGGAAUGACGGUAACUACCUAUUGUUUUCGAGCUUGAACUGCCUACAGCAAUGCGCAAGGACAAACCGUAUGAAGAUUGCCUUUUAUAAAGCUAAUGCGCAUACCAUAAUCGGAAACAUUCGCCAAAGGAGCAAUUCAAAAAAAAUCAAAAUGGCAACUCUUUUAACGUUGUCCCACAUGCUACACGAGGAGGACUACCAUUUGUUGACAAUUGACGAGGAUUUCAUGACUUAUUUCCUCAACCUCAUCAAAAAAGCCAUUGCAAAUGGCAGCCAUUUCGUGCAAAUUUGCUCCAACGUCGGGCAUUUAACUGAAAUUCGAGAAAUGUUUGAUGCCUUUUCCAAGGUUUAUCGUCUGAAAGAAAACCAAGACGUCAUAGAUCGAAUGAAGAAGGAUGAACUGGCACAUCAAAUUCUUCUUGUGUUAAAAAAGGCUGAUUUAGACGAGAAAUUGUUUGCUCUUCAGAUGAUGAAAUCGAUGUGUACCUUCAAGAUGGGGAAAACAAUUUUUCAGAAUCAAUAUUAUGAGGAGGUUUUCAACGAAGUCUACAUCCUAUCAAAACACGAUGACUUGCAAGUAUGUCGACAAGCUGAAAUAGUUUAUGAAUAUCUCAAAACGAAAGGAGAAUGGAAUAAGCCGUCUCGACAAGGCACAGAGCUGGAGGAAUUAUAUUUACAGGCCCUGACAGAGGGCAGCACUUUAGACAGAACGGUCCGCGUCAUGUUUGUGGGACAUAAGGGCGCGGGAAAAACAACUCUUUGCAGACGAUUCCUGGGAGAAAACAUAACCAGCAUACGAAGCACAGAGGGAAUAGAUGUGUACAUAGAGAAAUUUACAGUCGAUCUCGAAACACGGAAGUGGACUAUUGACGUAGAGGGUGACCCACUUGAAAACAGCAGGUCAAAAAUUGCAAUGGGGGUGAAACAUUUCGAAGACAUGAAACUUCUUAAAUCUUCGGAACUAGAUGAGAAACCAUGUUCUUCUCCUGACAUUAAGGAUGGUUUUGUUGAUUCUGUCGAUGGUAUUGAUGAUAAAAACAAUGAAAGUGACAUUGAAGACAUUUGUUCAAAAAACGAAACGGUGCUUUAUGAACGAAAAAAUUCAACAUCGGAGGCCAUUUGCAAAGAAACCAGAUUAAAAGUCAUCGAAGAAAAUAUGAAAAUAAAUUUUAAAAUCGAGGCAAACGUAAAUUUUCCUCCAAAUUCAGCCCAUAUUUCCAUGUGGGAUUUUGCUGGGGAAGAUGUUUUUUAUGCAACACACCAUGUUUUCUUGUCACCUGAUGCAGUUUAUCUAAUUGUUAUUGACUUAAGCAAUGCAGAUACAAACAAUAUUACAGAAAUAGAAAAGGCUAGAUUCUGGUUGCGUUCAAUUUUGACGUACUCUAAAGUGAAAGACGAGGAUGAACGCUGUGGAUUCCGCUUACCCCCUGUGAUAUUUGUUGUCACGCACAAAGACAGGAUUAUCGGAGAGAGUGAAGAAGAAAAGAGAGAGGUUGCCCAUAGCUAUCUAGCAGAUGUUCUUAAAUUGCCAGAACUAGAAGGGAUCGAUUCUUCGUUUAUUCGAGGGAGAUUCAUCGUCGAUAACAACUUUUUACACUAUGAUCCUGAAUUAGACAAGUUAAAAGACUGUAUUGUUGAAUCGGCCCGUAUCCAACCUAACUGGGAAAAAGAAAUUCCUCUUCAAUGGGUAGCAGUUGAAAGAGAAAUAUCAGUUUUGAAAAGUAGAAAAACCAAACUUAUAACUGUUGAAGAACUGCGCGACCACUUAAAGAAUUGCGAAGUGACAGACUCAACUCUCCAGAAUCUUGAAGGAGUGCUCGAACAUUUUCACUUAAAAGGUUUCAUUAUAUUUUUUUCUGGAUCAGCGAGACUGAAAAACUACGUGUUUAUUGACCCUCAGUGGAUUGUAAAUGCUUUCAAGAAGUUGAUAACUGUUCCUUGUGGUCAAACAAGAUUCGAAAACGAAAUUAUCCGACAGCAGUGGAGCUUGCUGUGCGAAGAAGGGAAACUUACGCUUGACUUUGCCAAAGAAGUUUUCAAACUAUCUGGUGAUGAACAACUUAUCGAUGAAGGAGAACGUGUUUUACAAAGCAUGGAGGAGUUGAAUCUCAUUGCAACGUUGCCAUCUUACUGGAUAGUCCCAAGCCUCCUGAAAAGACAAAUCUACACUACAUUAGUAGCAGAAUACUUCGACGAUUCAAACACCACUAUCGAAAAAUCGUGUUCUUACUGUUUGAAAUUCAGAGAGGCGUUCGUGCCCGAUCCAAUAAUGGAUAAAGUAGUUGCAGCAUGUGUGUCAAAGUGGACAGACAUCUAUUAUCUACAAGGGAAACCCAUUCUAUACAGGGGGCUUGUUUGUCUCAGAGUGACAUCAUCUUGUAGUGUGAUAAUCUACUGCAAAGACAACAUGAUACAGGCAAUGCUUUUUCGAACAGAUAAGACAUCUCACGAAUCUUUUGGCGAAGUAGGAGACUCUGUGCGACUUUUCUUGCACGAUUGCAUCGACAAAAUCUUCAGGACUUGUCAUCAAGAGAGUAUGAAGCCCCUCGAGUAUAUCCAGUGUAGAAUAAUGGAGCCAGAAGAUUCCACGCCGGUUCUUGCCGACGACAUUUUCCAACACGAUAUAAAAUACUGCUGUAGCGGCAGAACGUUGUCGCGUCAUCCACUCACUCAUAACAGUCUUCGCCAUUGGUGGAAGAAGGUCGAGAAAUAUCAACCGUUUAUUCAAGAUUUGGAGGUGUUUUCUACUCCCCCGCAAUCACCGGAUCCGUACGAUGUAAAUAUCCCUAACUUUCCGUUCUUGGAGGAAGACAAAACAGUCACUCAUGGUGACAAUAGAUUCAAACGUUUUGUGGAUUCUACACUUACGGUAGAGGUUUGGGAGAAUCUUUACAAAUGGAGUCAGUCGGUUGGAUGUCUGCACUCUGCAUUGCAAAUCUCCACUGUCUUCCGAGUUGGCACCGCUUCUGUGAUGUCUGUUGCGCAUCACGUUUUGGAAAUCAUAGCUUGUACUGGUCCUUCCAGUGAGUUUUCUUCACAUGAUGAAACUAGAUUGUUGGAUGAGAACAUCUUUGUUGAGUUCAAAGGUACAGCGAAGGAGUCCAACAAGCUCUUCCACGUCCAUAAAAUUCAGUACAUUGACCGAGUGAAAGAUGUCUGUGUGCUGGAAUUGCUGGUAACUGAUCCACUCGACCUUCCACCACCAUUCCGCGAAUUCUGUCACCCUUCAACGGAUUCACCCUUGACCUUCAUAGGUUAUGGUCAUCCGGGUCACAAUUUUAAGACCUUUGAACCGAAAGUGAAAGUUCUUGAUUGGAAGUCAAGACGGGUGGAAAACUCUGUUGCAUGGAUUCGUAAUAAUCGUGUCCAACUCAAAAACAUUUUGCAGUUUACUGGAAAACCAGUGGAAUGGGUUGACUGUGCAUAUUCAGUACUCCAGAAUGAAGGCAUUGUGGGAUUGAAUUGUUUCAUGCAGCAUGGGGCUUCCGGUGCCCCAGGCAUUGCCAUGACAACCCAUGGAUUGGCUUUCUCGGUCAUGCUACAGGGAGGAUUACCCAAAUUCUUCAUGGAUAUUGGACAUUUUGCCGAACAGAUUCCUCUAGAGCAGAGGAUAGAGUAUGGGAUUACCAUGGAUAUGAUCAGACAGGACCUUCUUCAGAAGGAUUUAUCAGACCUUUGUCAAGAUAUAUUUGGACCAAAAAUGUACGGCUUUUGAAGCUCAUGACUUUUUUAACACCAGUUGAGCAAUGAACAUGUUCCUUUUGAUAGCAUUUCUGUGAUAGUUUGUGUUUCAUGGCAUGAAAAUGAGACUGACACCUUGGUAUGACCAAUUUGUGGUAACUGUUUAUUAAAAAUAAUUCUAAUUUUUCCCGUGUAAUCAUUUUUACAAAACAUUAUUUAAAUAAAUUAGUCACAUAUUUGAAGAACACUUUUUGUUCAUAUAGUGAGGAUGUAUAGGAAACUAGCUGCAGGACUGUAGCUCCCGGUCUGAAAAAAUUCGGAUGGACGACCUGGGAGCUACAG